CCUCGCUACGCAAUCCUAUCGCACCGAUGGGAAUUCCCAGAAAUUACGUUCGACGACAUAGAACCCCUGAAGCUCGCACUGCGCAGAACUCCCACCCAGUUAAUCCCAACAAACCUCCGCGCUAGCGCAGCGAAGAUCCGAGGUGCUUGUGCAAUCGCCCAGCAACAAGACAUUGAGUACAUCUGGAUCGACAACUGCUGCAUUGACAAGUCAAAGAGCGAGGAAUUGCGAUAUGCGUUGAAUUCGAUGUUCAAAUGGUACCGCAAUGCAGUGGUGUGCUACACAUACUUUAACGACGUGACAUUCGACAAGGCCGAUGAGAAGAUGUUCAUGAGCGACCACCCGAAUAGGCGUGGGCAGCCGAGUGAGUGGUUUGAGAGGGGGUGGACGUUGCAAGAACUUCUGGCUCCGCAGAACAUGCAGUUCUAUGAUAAGCGCUGGAAGCUCAUGGGUACGAGGAAUGAGCUCGCAGUGCUGGUGGGAAGGAUUACGGGAAUUGGUGCUGAAUAUCUGAGCGGAAGGCGCGAUUUGAGCGAGGCGAGUUAUGCAACGCGGAUGAGUUGGAUGGCGGGACGUGUUACUCAGGAAGUUGAGGAUAUUGCGUACAGUCUCAUCGGGUUGUUUGAUACCUAUCUCGAACCGAUGUAUGGCGAGGGCACGAGAGCCUUCGUCAGGCUACAGGAGGCUAUCAUGAAUGAGUUUGGUCGUUUCGACGAGUCUUUGUUUGCGUGG